AUGUCUGUUAGAAACGAUGAUGAUGAUUUUUAUGGCGGCUUUGACGAGUAUGAUAAUACUUAUGAUGUGCAGGUUGGUUUUUUGGGGGUUUGAUUGAAAUUGGGAGGGACUCGUGUAAAAUUUUUAUAGAAUUCCCAAGGGAAUUUUCUUGCUCGAAGAGCUUAUGGGCAUAUGAAGAGUCAUAUUUUAUAAUAAAAAAACAUAUUUUUCCUAGGCAGAAAAAUGUCGAAAAAACAAAAUAUACAGUUGACUAUUUUUGAGUGGAGACAACACGAAAUUGAGAGAGUGCAGACAGACAAAUUGAUUACUCGCACAAAAAAUACAAGAAACUGUUUUUUUCUGUCUGCACUCUCUCAAUUUCGUGUUGUCUCCACUCGAAAAUAGUAAACAGUAUAUUUUUUUCUCGACAUUUUUCUGUUUUUUUUAUUACAAAAUAUAAUUCUGUAUAUGCCCAUUAGUAUUUUUGGAGAAAAAUAUUAAAUAAACUUUUUGCAAUGUUUUUGAGCAACCCUGAUCUAAUCUCAAUUCUCUCAGGAUUUCUCAGAGAAAAUUCCCAAGUUAUUUUAAAAGAAGAUGCUCAUCAUUCCUGUCGUGCCCAAAACUUCUGAAAUUUCCAGAACAUCACUCAGAGCUCACAAUUCCAACAAGCUGUAGCUAGAUCAAGUCAUGGCAGAAGACCAACAACUUCCCAAAUGGGUUGGCGUGACCCACUUUCUUCACAUGGAAAGCCUCCACCAACUCAAAGUGUUGGAAGAAGUCGAGCAGGCGGUAGAACUGCAAUGGCUGUCAAUAAUGAACCAGCGAGGCCUAUGACUGCAGUAAGAGCUGCUGGAUACACCAGUUUUGCUAAUAAGUGUGAGUCUGUUCAGCUUUAUGAAAUACUUUUUUUGCUAAAACCUGUAAUUUUUCAGUCCAAGCCGCCGAACGUGCACAAAACAAUGAAAAUUCGUUGAUGCAGUGAGUUUUUUUUUCAAAAAUAUAAAUACUUUUUUUGUACAAUAUGCUUUUCAGAGUUGAAGAAAAAUGUCGAGUUAUGGAGCAAAAAGUGGUAGAUAUGCUCAAAGAAUCAAUGAUUGCUGCUGAUAAGAAAAAUCUGAAAGAAGCUCUUGAUAAAGCAAAGGAAGCUGGAAGACGUGAAAGAGCUGUGGUCAAGUUCAAGGAGCAAAAUGGAUUGGUUGAAACUUUGAAUUUGGACUUGACUUUUAAUGUGCUGUUCAAUCUUGCGGAAAAGGUGAUUUUGUUAAAACUUAUUGAAAAAAAAAUCAUAAACAUUUUUUUACAGUAUGAGCAAAAUGAUAUGACAAAUGAAGCUGUGAACACAUACGAGAUUAUUGUGAAAAACAAAAUGUUUCCAAAUUCCGGACGUCUCAAAGUGAACAUUGGAAAUAUCUAUUUCAGAAAACGUGAUUAUACAAAAGCUCUAAAAUAUUAUCGAAUGGCUCUUGAUCAAGUUCCAAGCAUUCAAAAAGAUACAAGAAUCAAAAUUUUGAACAACAUUGGUGUGACUUUUGUAAGAAUGGGAAAUUAUGAUGAUGCUUUGAGCACUUUUGAGCAUUGCGUUGAGGAGAAAGCUGAUUUCACAACAGGCUUGAAUUUGGGUUAGUUUGAAAUUUAUCACAUGAAACCCAAUAUACAUAUGUUUUUAGUAUUGGUAAGUUUCUGUGUGCAAGAUGCUGAAAAAAUGAGAGAAUCCUUCACAAAAUUGGUUGACAUCCCGACAAUUCCGGACGAUGAUUUUCUUCGAGAAAAAGAUGAUGAUGAUGUUCUUCUAAAUCAAACUUUGAACUCCGAUUCGCUUCGUGGAUUGGAGAAGCAAAAGAAAGCUGAUGCUGAAAAAGCAAUCAUCACAGCUGUGAAAAUAAUCAGCCCAGCAAUCGCGCCAGAGUAAGAGAUCUCCCGGGAUUUUCAGACUAGUAUUUUGUAAUUUCCAGAUAUACAAUUGGGUAUGAGUGGUGUUUGGAACUGUUGAAACAAUCGGUUCAUGCCGGGCUUGCUACAGAAUUAGAGAUGACCAAAGCUGGAGAACUUAUGAAGAGAGGAGACAUCGAUAAGGCAAUCGAAGUUUUGAAAGUGUUCAACUCCCAAGAUUCCAAAACUGCCAGCGCUGCAGCAAAUAAUUUGUGCAUGCUUCGAUUGCUUCAAGGUGGAAGAAAACUCGCUGAUGCUCAACAAUAUGCUGAACAAGCUUUAUCUAUUGAUCGAUAUAAUGCGAAUGCCUUGGUUAAUCAAGGAAAUAUUGUGUAUUUGGGUGGAGAUUUAGAGAAAGCUUCGUAUUGUUAUCGAGAAGCUUUGAACAAUGAUGCAAGUUGUGUUCAAGCGUUAUUUAAUCUUGGAUUAGCUGCAAAAGCUCAGGGAAAUAUUGAGCAAGCUCUUGAAUAUUUCUACAAGCUUCAUAAUAUUUUAUUGAGCAAUGUUCAAGUCAUUUGCCAACUUGCCUCAAUGUAAGUUAUUUUUGUAAUUUUAAAUAAAACAAAAAUUUUGAUUUUUCAGUUACGAGAGUUUGGAAGAUACUGCACAAGCAAUUGAACUCUACAGUCAAGCGAAUAGCUUGGUACCAAAUGAUCCUUCAAUUUUAGACAAACUUGCUGGAAUUUUCGACGCUGAGGGUGAUAAAACUCAAGCAUUCCAAUGUCAUUAUGAUGUAAGUUAAGAGAAAUUUCGACUAUGAAAAAUCUCAAAUGUUUUUUUUUACAGAGCUACCGAUAUUUCCCAUCAAACAUGAAAGUUAUUGAAUGGAUGGGCGCAUAUUAUAUUGAAAACCAGUUUGCUGAAAAAGCCACGAAUUAUUUCGAAAAAGCUUCAAUUAUGCAACCAAAUGAGAUUAAGUGGCAAUUAAUGAUGGCUUCAUCUCAAAGAAGAUCUGGAAAUUAUCAAAAAGCUUUGGAGUUGUAUCGAAAUAUCCAUCGCAAAUUCCCACAAAAUAUUGAAUGUCUCAAAUUCCUUGUCAGAAUUACGAGUGAUUUAGGAAUGCCAGAAGCCAAAGAAUUUUCAGAUAAACUGGAAAAGGCUGAGAAGUAGGUUUCUAGAAAAAAAAAAUUCCAAAAAUAAUUCAAGUGAAAUUGUGUUUCAGAGUUCGUCAACUUCGAAUUCAACGUGAAACAGAUUCGAGUCAAGGAAAACGAAAUUCCGCCAAUUCCUCACAUUCAUUUUCUCAACCACCAUCAAUUGGUUUUGGUGGAUCUCCAGUUGGAGCUAGACAAUUCAGCGGAAAUAUGUCAUUAUUAUCAACAACUGACAAUACACCAUUCACUGUUUCACAAAGAGAUAUGAGUGGGUUUUUUUUGCUUUCUUGAAAAAGCACUGAAAAUUUUGGAUGUUUUUUUUGCAGAAGCCGAAGAUUAUUCAUAUAGUGAUCCGAUUGGUUCAGCAGCACCGCGUCCAAAAACAAGUGGAAAUCGUCGAAAUAAUAAUGGAGCUGAAGAUAAUUUUGAUGAUUUGGAAGAAAAUAUGCUUCCAGAUUGA